AUGGUAGAUUGUUUUCUUGUUCAACAGGUAACCCAGUGGCCGACACCGUCAAUAAGAAGGGGAAGGGGAAGGGGAAGGACAUCGACCCCUAGAGCGCCUGUCAAGCGACCUGUCUCAAAAGACAUAAUCCUCCUGCCCUACUCGCCAGCCCUUAUAUUGCCCAUCCCUCGCGGAAAGGCGAGACAGCAGCUUGCUGAGGCUGGAUAUGCCGGCAAAAUUAGCUUGUGGCGGGGCCAGACUGCCGAAGAGGUGAAGGAAGAGGUGUCUUCCGUCUUUACCGGACUUGGAGAGGGAGGGAUCCUUGAUUUCGAUUUUCUUAGCGUUUUGCCAGGGACGGGUAAAAAACUGCAGCGGCCAAAGGUGUCUAGCAACUACACAUGGGGUGGACAGGAAGUGCUGGCUGGCCUAGGACAAGGGAGUAUGUAUGUCAUGAUGUCUCCCCGAUAUGAUAUUACGUAUGAAGAUUUCUUCAGUGAAGUACAUGAUGACGACCCAGCAAGAAAACGCAGAAGGUGUGGAUCUGACGAGAGUUCAAGUGAUGAAGAGUUCCCGCAGUAUCUCCACCUUGGCACCAAUCCCCAGACUUCAUCAAGUAGUGGAUCAGCACUACAUACAAGACCUGUCUCCAUGCCAUCUACCUCUUAUGAUACUUAUGUGGGAUUGGUGGAGUUUGAAACCCCAGAUGCGGCCAAUAUUUCUAAUGGACAUGUGCAAGAUGCAGUAUCAGAGGAAUAUGUUCCAGCGGUAAUGCAUGCUGAUGAAAACCUUCUGCAACUGGAUUUGGAUGGAUGGAAGGAGAAGCAGGUUACUGGAGAUGAGGCCCCAAAUCAUCUCUACGUGAGGAGAAAGCACCUGCUGGUGGACACCCUUAAUGGGUUUCGAGAUGAAGGGGUAAAGGCGGAUCGGGCACUGUCAGUUAAUUUCCUUGGUGAGGCUGGUGUGGACACCGGCGGUCUUUCCAGGGAACUAUUUUCCCUUGUCCUUCCGAUGAUCCGGGAGAAUGGUAUCUUUUCAGGGUGCCAUGGAAUGAUGGUCCCUGCAAAGAACUCUUCAGGGAUUUCCAACGGCACUAUCCAAAACGUUGGAAAAGUGCUGGGGGCAGCAGUUUUGCAUGGGGGGUCCAGGUUGGACUUCCUCAACCCGAUUAUCGCUGAUGUGUUGUGUUUGGGGGAGCCAGCAGAACUGGCUAUAGAUCUGCUGCCAGAGGCGUCAACAAGGGACCUUGUGAAGAGGGACUGCCAGAAGAGCACUGAGCUUCUCAUCCGAAAACUGCCAUUCCAGCGUCUAGUGCGUGAGAUUGCACAGGACUUCAAGACAGAGCUACGUUUCCAGAUUUCCAUCCACGCCAAGAGGGUUACCAUCAUGCCCAAAGACAUCCAUCUUGUGGCAUCAUUAUCGAAAACUUAA